AAAUCAAAUGAUGAAAAUUCUCAAAUUCAUGUUAAAAUCAGUAAAUUCGUUGAGAAUUUUUGCUAAAUAGUAAUUUAAGAUAUUAAAUAAAAAUACAUAAACGAUAAGUUUUUACGUCAACGGUCCAAAUUGAAUUCGUGCGACUGUAAAUAAGAGCAAUUGUUAUUUUGAAAGACAGGAAGAAUUAAAAACAAAACUUGCCUCAAGGAAAAGUUAAACCUAUAUAUAUAUAUAUAUGUAGGAUGUUAAUAACUUAAAUACGAAUUUGCGAACCGAAGCAGUCAAUAUAAUUUUUAACUUUCUUUUACGGCAUCGUUGUUAUAACAUGUCUUCGCAACAGCAAAAAGAUCAAACGCAACAACGUGUAGAUUUAAGCUAUUCCAAUGCGAUGGUGUUGUCUAUUAACAGUAACCACAAUAACAACAAUAUUAGCAUUGAGCAACCACAGACCAAAAGGCAAAAAAUUGAAAAAACUAAAGCAUAUAAUGGAAAAAAUCUGAAAAAUUGUUUGACCCCGACGGUAAUAAUCAAUGGCCAAUUCAAUUCAUCUCCACCGCCUGAUAUUGUGGAUACCGGUGAUCCAAUGCCGCCGCUUUGUUCGUCGCUUUCCUCAUCGUCGCAUUCAAUAUCUGCACCUACUUCGUCUAAUAACUCGCCUACAAUCACACCAUCCAGCUCGCGAACAACAUCUCUAACACAACUACUAAAUGCACAGAAUUUAAUAGGAUCCGUAACAAGUAAACAACCGCCACAUGAACAUUUACAUGUGGAGCUUGAAGUAGCACGUAGUAAUAAUGGGAUUUGCAGUCCGGCAGAAUUCGCCUCUGAUGAAGUUGAUCGCGUCGGCUUGCCAGAUUUGUUAACACUUUCAACGCCUGUUAAUGGCGCAAAUAAUAAAUUCCGUUGCACGGUCGACGCCGGAAAUGCGACCGCCACACAAUUGGACGAAUUGAGCGCUGCUCAAGAUAUGCGAGAGUUUGAAGAAUCUCUGACGAAACAAUGCUUAUGCGGUGUUUCGGAACGCAUGUUACGAAAACCUUUUCAAUCGCACUAUUCACUCGACGCAAACGGCCAGAAACGUAUAGCGAAUUUGAACGAAUGGCCGACGAACAAAUUACUGCAGUUUCUCUCGAAUCUGCAGUUACUAUUUGACAUUUAUUUGAAACAAAACUCGAAAGGAUUUAUUUGUGCACGCAUUAUGGACGUUUGCGAUGCUUUAAUACGUAACGAUCAUCAUCUUAUAGAUGAAAUAAUUGUGCUAGCUGGCUAUCGGAAUCCCUAUGUACAAUUUCUUGCCAGUCGAGUAUUGGCUUCGUUUUUGGUUAUAGCCAAGCAAGAUAUGGACGAUGAUUGGUUAAAAAAACUUGUGGACAAUUUAUUUAAUUUCGAUCGUCUCGAUUAUAUGGCGGUACAAAAGGUGCACUUUAGCCUGGAAAUUAUUAAACGAAUUGUCGAAUGGAAAGAUAUCGAUUUGCAUCCUUUAGAAGAUGAGAUUGUGGAUACGCAUAUUAAUAUGGAAGCAAGUAGUUCAAACGCUGCUGCAAAUAGAAGUGCAGACGUGUUUUUAAAUUCCCAUCAUGGCUAUUUGCAUUUUCAAACACAACAACCAACCCUGGAAAGGAAUUAUUUCGCCGUGCACUAUCGUUCUUCAGAUAGUUUGGUGGAUAAUAGCUCACGGGAGAGCCCAGAAACUUCAACAUCGUAUAAUGCAUACCACAACACUGCUACUUUGUAUGGGGACAUGGGAUCUCAGUGUGCAUUCCCUUCCGCCGCCUUGUCAGGCUGCCACUUGAUUACGCUUACUGAUUCGGAAAGUUUCGAUACCACUCAUCUCAAAUGCAUUACUAUCAAAAUUUUGGAAAACAAAUGGCCCGCUUUGGUUAAGAAUAUGUCAAUUCUCAUUGAAAGUCAUUUGGAUAUCGAAAAUGCCGAACAUUGCAUUUUAAAUUUUCUACAAUUAUGGGAAAAUAUAAUAUCGGUAAAGGCGAAUUUGUCUAUUGUAGAGACGUUGCCCUUCUACGCUCAACUCGAUAAAUUUGAGAUGCUGCUCAAUCAGAAUCUUUCUUGUACAGUGUAUAAGCAAAUAUUGUGUCUAUUUAAUGAGGCUCUAUGUUAUGGAUCGACAUUGGCUUUGCAGGACAUGUUACCUGAUGAGACAUGUGUGCUGGCGCGUCAAAUUGUAACGCAUGUUAAGGACUCCCCUAUACUCGAAUCGUUGCCGCGACGUCAUCCUGAAAAUGUUGUUGGGUUCAUCGGUUUCAAAAGAAAGCCUAUUAUUUACGAAAACGGUACUCUGCAGCGGCACUAUUCAUGUGAUGCCACAUCUAGUGUAUUAAGUGCUGGUGACGUCAUAGAAAUGGAUAAAACAUUACUUCAAAAAAUGGUUUUACUCGUAUUGAAAUCUAUAGCUGUCACAGUGAAAGCCAUACGCAGUGACUCGUCAGAUUCAUCCAUUGAUACGACGGAUUAUGCAGCUCUUCAAGAAAUGGUGCUAAUAGAGAAUUCCAUACGGGCGGUUUUAAUUAAGCUCGAAUCAUUUAUAAAGCAUACGCUCGAAUUUCAUCCCGAGUGUCACUUUAGUAAAAUCUUGAUUCAUUUAUUUGAUGAUCAAGAUGAUCACUUAAUUGAGGCAAUGGUAUGCACGUUAGAUGUGACCAUUACGUUUCCCGCGUUGGAUUCAAUGCUUAAUCCCGUCUAUACUUUCCUGGAGUUCCUUAAAAUGGUUUCGAAUAGCUCUGAUUUAUUAUUGGACUUAUUGGUCAGCAAUGAAACUUGUUUUUUGCUCUACUUAUUAAGAUUUCUUAAGUACAUCCGAGCUAAUUGGCCUAUGUUUGUACGUAGCUGUGACGCUCUAGGCUCCAAUAUGUUAGACGAAGCUAUGGACGCAUUGAUACGCUUAAGAUUACAAAUAUCACGGUUAGUUUCACGACAAUUAUACCCAUAUGAUAUAUCGCCGGUACUACGACUACUAGAAAAUUGCGAAGAUCUAUAUCAAGGUAACGAGCUGAGUUAAACACAAUAACGUGCGUAAUAAAUAAUUGGUUUUCCGAAUUAUUGAAAUUGAGAAAUGUGUGCUUUCAAGUAGGAAUAGAACGCUCUUUGUACGCUAACAGGUGUCCAUGCCGGAUUCACCAAACCGUGUAUAUUUUUAAUCGAGUUCUCUGUCGACUUGAUCAACUCCGUCUGACAUCUAUUAUAGCAAUUAUCUUUACUCAAUUAGAAAAUUUGAAAUUAACGCAUUUUAUAAGCAAUUUUUUUUUUUAAAUCAAGUAACAUUGUUUGUGUUAUUGAUUCGUUUUUGAUCAAUGCGCAGCUUUUCUUUUUCAUUUCACUGCCUUUUUCGCACAUUUCUGUUCGUUUCACAGUCAGUAAAGAGAAGGUUACCAAUAUCGACUACUCUCUAACGAAAAUGCAUUUGGAAUUGCAUUUGCUUGUUAUUAAAAAAUGUUCCUCUAUGGAUAUCCAUAGGAAGCAUGAAAAUGUUUGAUAAGGAAACAAAACGAAAAAUAUUAUUAAGUGUUUGCAAAAAUUUUGAUCAGCGACUUUUACUGCUAAAAAUGAUGAAGAAAUGAGAAAUACCAUUGUACGUAACAUGGAACAUUCAAAAUUCCUCUUCUUCCAAUUUCAAAACUUUUAUUCUUCAUUUGAAGAAAUCAGUCCACCAAACACGUACAAAGGUUUAUGAUGAUGCUGAUCCAUCAUAUUUCAACUUUCAGUUUUGGUUUCAAUGGUUUAAAAGUGGUGACGCGAAUGCACGCGAAAAUGCCAUUUUUUGGCCAUUUGAUGCAAGAGUUGCCCAGGAUACAUUGAUGCAGCUCGAAAGAGAAAUUCCGCCACACCUAGCGUACUUACCAGAAAUAUUAAAGCACUCACCAAACGUGAUACCUUGUUUAGAUUGGUCCAUUGGUGGCUUGGCUGGCAAGCGGGGGAAGUACGAAAAUGGGGUUCGAUGGGUGGAUCGCUGCCAAAUCAAUAUAAGUUCUUUCUUUCGGCAUGAUAACGUCACGUUGCCGGAAAUGUUGUAGAAAAUGAUGGUAACUAUAUUGCUUAGUAUAUAUUGUAGCAAAAUUUCUACAAUGAGUGCGUUUUUCGCGUGAAGAAGUGAUCAAAACUUUUACAAAUGCCUAAUAUAAUAAAAAUAAAAAGAAUUGUAUGUUGUUCUACAGUACAGUCAAAAAACAUAAAAUAUUGUAAAUGAAAUUUUUACUUUGUUCCCAAAAGAUUAUAAAGUUUUUCUCGCCGUCUCUAACACCAGGGUGAACACCAGUAAAGUCGAAAUGCAGUAAAAUAAACUUUUUAGAUUCUUGCCUCAAGUCGAAGAAGAGCAAUUUUUUUUUACUUUUUUUUUUCUAUUAACGAAGAAAGAUAUGUAAUUAUAUAAACGCGUAUAAAAAUG